AUGACUGCCACCUCCCCAAACUUGAACUCUGCUUCUAGUCUUCAUCGAGAGGCAUUGGACCCUGGGAUCACCAUUGCCCUGUUGGAAAUUGGAUCACGUUCCCCCUACCGCUGGGGCUCCCGCCCUUCCCCAAAUAAUCGUAGCCAAUCAGUAAAAGGAUCACAGACAGCACAGAAAGUAGAUGCUCUCUUAAGAGACAUUAAAGAUGUCCUUAAAAGUAUGGCCGAAGUUGAAGAGAAGACCACAGAAACAAAUGACCUUUUUGAGGACACCAAUAUUUCUAAGGAUGUAUCAGAACUCAUAAAAAAAUUCAGAGGACUUGACAAAACAAACAAGAAACUCUUGAAAGACCUGCUAUUUAGGUUAGACCCAGAGAAAGAAAAGAAUACAAAGAAACAGGAGAUGAUAUUCAAAAGGCAGCAGUCGGAGGACAUGGACAUGUCUGCAAGGGAUUUGUUAAAUCGCUUAGAAGAAAGAAGAGCCCGUAAUAAAACUCAACUGAGUAUGGAUGAAGGAAAAUACAGGUCCCUUUACAUUCACGAAGCAAAUAGGAAACUUAGGAACAACAUGGAACAGUUACUUGAGGAAGCAGAUCACUGGAGUAAACAGCAAAUGGAGCUCAAUGAAUUGAUCAAAUUGUACCAGAAGUCUCACAAAACCAAAAGUGAAACCCUUCAACAUGAUCAAGAUGAUUUCCAAAGCCAACCAAAUAAUGAAACAUCCUUUAAACAUGAGCUGGAGGAACAGGUGCGGAAACUGAACCAUGACACCUAUUCACUGCAUUUGAUUGCGGCUCUGCUGGAGAACGAAUGCCAGAUCUUACAGCAGAGAGUAGAUAUUCUCAAGGAAUUCCAUCUUCACCAAGGGGGAACACCACAGGAGACAUUACUUCUGAUAAACAAUGAUGAGGACAAGAAAAGCGAGAAGCCAACAGAAGCAGAGAAAGUAGAAAAAAAUAAGCAUAAUAUACGAGACAUGGAGGGUACGAUACAUAAAAAAAGCAGAGUCCUUAAAAAUGGGGAUACUUGUCUUAGUAAGAAAGCUCGAAAUAAUCGGUUCAAUAUUCGUGUUGCAAAAGCUCUUAUGGGAAAAAAAAGACCAACAAAUCUCUUAAGUUAG